CUUUGGAACACAUUUAGAAAGCAUGGCACCGAGAUGAUUAUCAACAGAAAUGGAAGGCGCAUGUUUCCACAUUUAGACCUAUCCCUACAAGGUUUAAACCCAACACGACUUUAUAACAUUCUACUGGAAGUAUGCCCAGCAGAUGGCAAACGAUACAAGUUCAUCAACAAUAAGUGGACCCCAGUGGGAAUGGCGGAUCCAAUGCUACCCAAUCCACCAGUGCUUCAUCACGAUUCACCCAAUAUUGGUUCAUUUUGGAUGGGAAAACUGUCAUUUGCUAAAAUAAAGAUCACCAAUCACAAAGAUUCUAAUGACGGAAUGAUUGUAUUACAGUCCAUGCAUAAAUAUAUGAUAAAGGUGAUCAUACAACCGGCCGGAAGUGACGGAAAGGGCCUGCAGAAUGAAAUAGUGAUACCACUAGAAGAGACAGCAUUCUUUGCUGUUACAGCCUAUCAGAACGAGACUAUCAUACAACUGAAGAUACAUAAUAAUCCAUUUGCUAAGGCUUUUAGAGAU